AUGUUGGAGAUGAUAGACAGGACGGGUGUAGGGCUGCUAAUGCAGUUCGAUCCGACUGCUCUUUGUGUUGUGAUCAAGGGAUGCGUCAAGGGAGGAGCAGCCGAUCGCGACGGGAGGAUAGAGGCGAGCGAUGUGAUCGUUGCCGUGGACGGGGUGGAGGCGCGGGACAAGAGCAUCGAGCAAGUGCGCGAGAUGAUCAUCGGACCCCAGGGCUCCUCCGUGACGCUCAAACUCAAGAAGGCGCAGGGAGAGACGCUGGAGAGCGUGCUGGUGCGAGGAACGCCGGAGUACCUCGACUCCCUGGGAGGUCGAGCAAACCAGACGGUCGGGGAGGUCUCAGCGUCUACUGCACGGGAGGGCGAGCAG